GGUGUGGCUAACAAAGUGGGCGGUAACCGUAAAUCUCAGUUAGAAUGCUCUGCAGGAGUCACUUUUGCUUGCCACUAGCUCUAACUGACCUGGAGUGUUCCUGGAUCAAGCUGGCUUGUCUACUAUUGUUGCAUUUUGAUUUGAAUAAAGAAAGAGAAUAAAUAAGAAAAUAGUUACUGACUCGUUCAUUAAUAAGCCACGCCUUCAGCACUUGAACUCUGCAAUCUGAUUGGGCUGCAAAAUUUCUGCAGUGACACAAAACCUGACAUUGCAGUGGUGCCCAACCCUACGCAGUUGGUUGGACUCCGCCCAACUAACCCUGCCCUAGGAUAUAUCUCUCCGUUCCAACGAGUUCAAGAAUGGCUCAAGAACUAGAAACCUCAACCACUCUGAAGUAUGCUAGCCUGCUGACUCUGACCGUUCAGAACACUCUACUCAUUGUCAGUAUGAGGUACUCUCGGUUGGUUCCCCCUGAGCAACGUUAUAUCACAACAACGGCUGUUGUCUUUUCAGAAUUUGCCAAAAUGUGUGUAUGUCUUUUGAUCAUAUUUUUUCGGGAAAAAACAUUCAAGGAAUUUGUUAAAACUCUACAUCAUCAUCUUAUUGAAGAAUGGAAAGACACGUUAAAGAUGUCUGUCCCUGCAAUCGUCUACAUGAUUCAAAAUAACCUACAGUAUGUGGCUGUUUCAAAUUUGGAGGCUGCAGUGUUUCAGGUUACAUAUCAACUAAAGAUAUUGACUACAGCUUUAUUCUCGGUAUUGCUUUUGAGCAAAAAACUUUCUGGGGCUCAGUGGGGCUCCCUGGUCAUACUGUUUGUAGGUGUGGCCUUUGUUCAAGUGCAAGGGGGAGGUACUUCAAAGGUUAAUACUACUGAUCAGAACCAGAUCGUUGGACUCAUUGCUGUAAUUGUCUCGUGCCUAUCUUCUGGAUUUGCUGGAGUCUACUUUGAAAUGAUGCUGAAAGGCUCGAAUGUGUCUGUCUGGAUGCGCAAUGUCCAGCUUGGAAUGUUUGGCUCCAUUACGGCUAUAUUGGGAGUUCUCUUGAAAGAUUAUGACACUAUCCAAAAAAAUGGCUAUUUUGUUGGUUAUUCUCCUCUUGUCUGGAUAGUCAUUUCUCAGCAAGCUUUUGGUGGUCUUAUUGUCGCAUUAGUAGUUCGUUACGCUGACAACAUAUUGAAAGGAUUUGCAACUUCGCUCUCAAUUAUUCUCUCUUGUAUUGCUGCUGUGUUUCUUUUCGACUAUUUUAUAACACCAUUCUUCGCAAUCGGUGCUGUGUUUGUAAUGGUAGCAAUAUACCUGUAUGGUAAGCCUAGAGCACAACAACCCACAUCCCCUCUACUAGCAGACAAGAAGGACCAAGAUGAACAAUUACCAAUUAAAAAACUCACACCCACGUAACUGCGACUAUACACUAUAAUAUUUUAUUUUAGAGUUUCAUGUAGAAAUUUACACCGCCAUGGAAUAUGCCAUGUAGUAUAUAUAGUGUUGAUAAGAGUGCAUGCAUGUGCAAAAUGUAUGAGUUUAAUUUAA